GCACAGGAUGGAGCAGCUCAGGCCCAGAACGCGGGCGAUGGGACAACAGCGUUUGAGAGUCCGCCGCGCACUCCGCCCGGUGCGCGGUGGCGCGCCCGACGACCAUCUUCUGACAACUUGUUAUCUACCCCUACCUGCUCUCAAAUUUCGCAUUUCUGGUGUUGCAGCCGGCUGACCACCGCCGCCCUCAUCGUCGCGCACUCUCUCUCCGAGAGGUGGUCCGUGCAUCCACCCCAGAUUCCGCUCACAAAGACACCGAAAACACCCUCGUUCACGACCAGGAACGCCCACGCUCACGACCGAUUCCACGACCAUCUCUCUGACUUUGUCAAGCCAUGGCGGAUUCCAGCACCGAGAUUGACCUCGAUUCGGUCAUUGACAGGCUUUUGGAAGUGCGAGGAAAUCGUCCGGGGAAGCCGGUCCAGCUUGCAGAGUACGAAAUAAAGUAUCUGUGCACAAAAGCCCGCGAGAUCUUCAUUAAUCAGCCCAUCCUCCUCGAGCUCGAAGCCCCCAUCAAGAUAUGCGGCGACAUCCACGGGCAAUAUUACGACCUCCUGCGACUCUUCGAGUACGGCGGAUUCCCACCAGAGGCGAAUUAUCUAUUUCUGGGCGAUUACGUCGAUCGUGGCAAGCAGUCAUUGGAGACCAUUUGUCUGUUGCUGGCGUACAAGAUCAAGUACCCGGAGAACUUCUUUGUGCUGAGGGGCAACCACGAAUGCGCCAGCAUCAACAGGAUUUAUGGGUUCUAUGACGAAUGCAAGCGCAGAUACAACAUCAAGUUGUGGAAGACGUUCACCGACUGCUUCAACUGCCUGCCCAUUGCCGCCAUCAUUGACGAAAAGAUCUUUACAAUGCAUGGUGGUCUGUCACCCGACCUGCAGUCAAUGGAGCAGAUUCGGAGGGUAAUGAGGCCCACGGACGUCCCGGACACAGGCUUGCUGUGUGAUCUUCUCUGGUCAGACCCAGACAAGGACAUCACGGGUUGGUCAGAGAACGAUCGAGGCGUGUCGUUCACAUUCGGGCCCGACGUGGUGUCCAGAUUCCUGCAGAAGCACGAUAUGGAUCUUAUAUGCCGCGCACAUCAGGUCGUCGAAGAUGGUUAUGAGUUCUUUGCGAAGCGGCAUCUGGUGACCCUUUUCUCGGCGCCUAACUACUGCGGCGAGUUCGACAAUGCAGGAGCGAUGAUGAGCGUGGACGAGACGCUACUUUGUUCGUUCCAGAUUCUGAAGCCGGCCGAGAAGAAGGCGAAGUACCCGUAUGGUGGUGUCAAUAUGGGACGGCCGGUUACACCACCGCGCAAAGGAAAGAAGAAGGAUGCGAGCAAGAUGGGCUGAGGCGCGCACCCUGUCAGUACAUCCUUGCCUUCUUGGUCAGACUCGCCACAUACGCUCUUUCCGUUCAAUGUCUCUCAUUGGUCUCUUUCGGUUAUCUUGGUGGCUGGUCGUGCGUGGGCAGAGGUGUGGAUGGGUGCAGCGGAAGGAUGGGAGAAUGGGGAAUACACGGCGGACGAUCUACGCUGGACGCCGUGCCCCGUGGGGCAGUGAUGUGAUGUGCUCGGCCGGCAGGGCUGACGGGGGCGGUGCGCAUGGCCGCAAAAACGAACGGAAGGAUCCGCACGCAUGCCCAUGGACUCGACUGCAUAGCACCGUUUAAUACGCUAUCGCACCUCUAUUCUGCACGAUUAACCUGUGUACGACCCAGAUUCUCUCCGCCCGUGUCUGCCUCUGUAUCACUCCAUUCUACCUAUCUAUUGGCUCAACCCGGACAUUGUUGCAGUAUCCUGAUAGAAUCUCAUUUUGCCUCACCA